AUGUUUGUUAGGCGACACCAGGAACUUCAGGACUUUCAGCAAUGCUAUUUACAGAUAAAGGUUUCAAGUGACGAUCGACGCAGUGUGGUGAAGAUCUGGAGAAAGAGUUUCAGAUCCGUGCAUGCACAAAACGGACCGUUUUGGUGGAUCAAAUGUAAUGGUCUGGAGCGGGAUAACCCUAAGACGCAAAACAGAUCUCGAACUUCUCAACGAGAGUUCUGUCAUCGGCCCAACGGUAAGAAGUCCAGACCUGAACUCCAUUGA